AUGGAAGGCUCCGGUCAAGAGGUUAGCUGGGAAAAGCCACCCCCGUACCACCACCAAAUGCUGCCCCAGAACGAUCACCCCAUGUCCACGUACACUCCAGUUCCGGCGACUCCCGCUCCCGCCCAGCCGGCGGCUCCCCAGCACACCAGCUUCAGUAACAACACCAGUUCCAACAAUGUGGUGGUAGUUAGCCAGCCGUCGGCUGCACAGCCAAGCACAGUGAUAGUGGAGCGAGUGAGGCCCAGUGACAACCUCAUCUGGGUCCUGUGUCUGAUGGUGGUGUGCUUCUGCACAGGGAACCUGGUGGCCUUUGUGUGCCUCAUCCCAGCUCUCAUCUUCUCCCUCUCUUCUGGCUGUGCCAGUAAUUCCGGAGACUAUGAGACAGCUGCAACGUAUGGAAAGGCUUCCUGUUGCUGUUCGCUGUUCUCCAUGACCAUCUACAUGAUAGCUGUACUGGUCGCCAUCAUCUUUGUCAUCCUAAUCUUCACCACGGGGCUCGCGUUUCUUGGUAUCGCAAAUGGAGAAGUGGCAUGAAAGACUGACAGAAGACUCUUACGUAUUACAUAUAAUGUGUAUGUAGAACUUGAACAGUGAACCUCAUUAUACAUAUAUAGUGUAUCGUGUGUGUGUUUAUUUUAAUCAUGAUACAG